AUGGAUCACCGUCCGCAAGCCUGGGGCCGUCCCCGAGACGACGUCUACGGCGCCUACGAUGCCUCAUACAUGAACACCAACCUCCCGAACCAGCACACACAGUCGCCGAUCGUCACAGGAACGUCAGUAGUGGCCAUGAAGUUCAAGGACGGCGUGGUCAUGGCGGCCGACAACCUGGCGUCGUACGGGUCGCUGGCGCGCUUCACCGACGUCAAGCGCCUGCGCACCUUCGCCGACACGUCGGUCAUCGGCUUCGGUGGCGACGUGUCCGACAUGCAGUACCUGGACCGCCACCUUACCGAGCUCGGCAUCGACGAGGCCUACCAGUCCGACGUGGGCGGCCACAACCUCAACGCCCGCAACCUGCACAAGUACCUGUCCAAGCUGCUGUACCACCGCCGCUCCAAGUUCGACCCCCUGUGGAACCACCUGCUGGUCGCCGGCAUGGACGAGGACGACAAGCCCUUCCUGGCCGCCGCCGACCUGCUGGGCACCACCUUCACCUCGCCCUCGCUCUCCACGGGCUUCGGCAGCAUGCUCGCCCAGCCCAUCAUGCGCAAAUACGUGCCCGACGAGGCCUCGGUCGAGAACAUCACAAAGGAGAAGGCGGUCGAGGUCAUCAAGGAGUGUAUGAAGGUGCUGUUCUACCGUGAUGCGCGCUCGAUGGACAAGUAUUCGCUGGCGAUCGUUACCAAGGACGGCGUCGAGUUGAGCGAGAACAAGCUGGAGAACCAGAGCUGGGCCUUUGCAGACCGCAUCAAGGGCUACGGUACGCAGACCGUUUGA